CGCACCCGCAGGUCACGUGCGCACGGGACACCCAACAUUCCGGGCUGUGCUCUGCCUGCCGUCCCUGGACCCACCACGGUGCUAGAGCCUACCGCGCAACGGCUGCGCAUGCUCCCGCUGUCUCACCGCGUGCCGAUCCUUGCUCUCCUCCCGUGCCUCCGCGAGAAUCGUACGUGUGUGGGCACCGGCCCAGCGUGCACACAGAGCCGCCGGCGAUCUGACAGCGUCCCGCCCCGCAGCUGCUGCAAGGCACGCUUCCGCACCCACCCGCCUUGAACCAGAUGGCCGCGUUGCCCAGCGACGGCACAGAGCGACACAAAACCCGA